CGCGCUUCAUCAGCAUUGUGCUGGCGGUGAAGCAGACAAAAAGUUGUCAGUCUCUCUUCACCUCUUGAUGCAACCUUUACUAGAGCAGGGACUUUUUGUAGUUAAAUUCAAGCACUUUUUUACUUUGUAUCGGACAUUUGCGAGCUUUGAAACAGCAGCGACGCGUAUGAAAGCGACUAAUAGUGGGAAUUAUCUACUGUUACCGUGGAAAAGUUACUGUCGUUACCCCGUGGGGUUUAAAGUUCAGCUAGCGUCCCUGGCUGCUAGCAGGUAGUUAGCUCCGUAAUUAACAGAUAACUUGUAACAGAAUGGCAGCUGUGUGUCAGCCACGACGUGCAUUGGUGGAAAUCCCUGCUCCACAACCCAAAAUUGCAGCACGCAUUAGGAGGUCAUAUCUAGAGAUUUUAAGUGCUCGUUUGGCUCCAUCUCCACUUCCGAAAGGGAGAAAUGCAACUGCAAACACAAAGCGUGUGCACUCGUUGGAUUUGUCUAUUGGUGGUGUGUGGAGUAAGAGGAUAGAGGAGCAGUGUGAGAAAAUGGACGAGCACCAUACCCCUCUCUCUCAACAGCAGCUUGUACAGCUGAUCAGAUCCCUCAUCCUCGUUGAACAGAGCCAAGAACCCAGGGUCCUAGCGUCUGACCUGAAGUAUCUCCAGGAAGACCUGCAGCUGAAGAAAGCAAAUGUUUACAGAUCCAUACCGUACUCGCGGCUCGGCUCCAACAGGGAUGCUCACUGCUACAGGAAAGCUUAUCCUCACUUGGUGGCCUUUAAAGUUUCGUGUCAGGAGUGGGGCCAGGUUUUCCUGAGGAACAAAGAGUGGGAUGCCGUUAUGGAGCACACGUUACUGGCGUGGCGAUACACCAGCGAGUUGCCGCAGUGGGACACGGCGAACCACAAUGCUAUGCGAGAACAGUGUUACAGCAUCUUGGCCUCUCACAGCCUCACCGCCCUGCAGCACCACCAGCCUGAACCCAACAGAGGCCGCGAGCUGCUCAGAAGGUUCAACUUGGCUCAGAUGCACAGCCAGUCGUUUGUGCCCUGUAUUCACGAGUUGCAAAGGAUUAUGGGAUGUGCCAAUGACUUGUCCAUGGAUACAAAGUAACUUGAGGAACACUAUCAAACCAGCUGGCUGCACCCCCGGUGAAAAGAGUGACUCAUGGAUGAAUUACAUAAUCUGUGUGUGCCAAAAUCAGCGUACGUGGUGUUUCUUUGGAAAAACACGGCAGUAUUCUUCAAAGGCCAGCAAUCUUAAAUGUAAUGAAAUGUCUUAUUUAAUCACAGUGCAUUUUUGAAUCAGCUGGAGAGUAUUGUUGGGAGUGACAUUUGCUGCAUGGCAGACCUCAGGAUGUAUUUAUCGCUGGUUAAUGUAAUGAACACGCAUUAAGUAGCAGCCUGAACAAAUGCUGCGUUCAGAUGGUGCUGCCACGGAUGUAUAAUUAAAUAGUUUGUAUAUUUUUAGAAAAGCCUUUGCAUCGACCGUUGACAUGUAAAAGUAUGGAAUGUGGUGUUGCUUUAUAAGGGUGUGUGUGUGUGUGUGUUUCUGUGUGUGUGUCCUCUUGGCAGUACUUGAAACUGUUUGACUGUAGUGGGUUUUUUACAUGUGUCGUAGAAAAUUGUCUGUCAAUGAUUGCACUCCUGCCAUUUGUCCUAAAAAAACUUGAAAUCUUUUGAUAAAAUAGACUCCUAUUUUCAAUAAAGUUCUGACUUUAAACUAUUUAAAA